UUUUUUAUGGAAAAAUUAGGCCCAGCACUUAGCCUACGUUAUAUUAUUGGGCCUGCUUCCGCAUAAUUUAAUAAGUAUUAUUCUCCGGUCAUCAAUCAUCAUCAUCACGCGAGUAUCAGUCCAGAGAAAGUUGCAGUUUCCGGCGAUGAAUCCGAUACAAGCGCCGCCGCUGCACCCUUUCGUUGCGCCGCUGUCGUAUCUCUUGGGGACUUGGAGGGGACAAGGCGAAGGUUUAUAUCCAACCAUACCUUCCUUCCGCUACGGCGAAGAGCUCCGUUUCUCACAUUCCGGCAAGCCCGUGAUAGCGUAUACGCAGAAGACAUGGAAGUUGGAAUCAGGAGCUCCCAUGCACGCGGAGAGUGGCUACUUUCGUCCAAAGCCAGAUGGUUCCAUCGAAGUCGUCAUAGCUCAGAGCACAGGUCUCGUCGAAGUCCAGAAAGGAACAUACAAUGUAGAUGAGCAAUCUAUCACACUCAAGAGUGAUCUUGUGGGAAACGCAUCCAAGGUGAAGGAGAUAAGUAGAGAAUUUGGAUUGGUCGAUGGAAAGCUAUCGUAUGUGGUUCAUAUGAGUACAACCACGAACCAUCUCCAACCACAUCUCAAAGCCACCCUCGAUAAGCUUUGAAUCCAGUUCCUGUACUCACUGAUACCGCACCCAUGUAAUGCUUCACUGUUUGAUUACUCUUUGUAAGAAGAUUUGGGGAGUUAAAUGGGCUUUUCUUUUCAAACAGUAAAGAGGCCUCAAUAGUUUAGUUCACUACAAUAUACAUUCACAUUCAAUAAAUUACAGGAUUGUCAAAAUA